AGUUCACCAGCUCCCAAAACUCCUUCCUAUCCGUAAACGCCAUUAAAGGAACUCUCUCUCUCUCCCUCUGCGAUCACGAACAGAGCUCUGGCAUUUUCCCUUUUCCCUCUGUUUCCCGGCAUGAGAGUUCUCUCUGGUCUCGUCGCCUCCUUCGCAGGCGUCGCGGUAUCAUCGACAGUCAACGAGUUCCACCACCACCAUUCCGGUGAUGCAGCGUCGGUCUCGCCUGAGGAACUCGCUCUCACUUUAUCGGAGCAUUUAGGUGUUUCAAGGUAUCAUAAGUUGGGACCACAAGGGAACCUGCUGCGGCUGGAGCUGGAUGGGGGAAAGUCGAGGAUGUUUCAAGAACGGAUUGAGGAGGACUUCGUGCUCUCAAUCGCUGGAGCAUAUGGUAUUGGAGGUGUGCUUUCAAAGUUUCCAUUGCACCCGUUAUUUUUUUCCUUCUUAGUUUCUGUGGGUUAUUACGUAGCUGUCCCUGACAGAUUCCUCCCGGUAAACAGCUGCUCAACCCGAAGGCACACGGAUCGGUCUCAGGAACAUGCCCAAGGCGUCGGCAUUCGGCGAGUUAAUGGGUGUCUUCGUCCGGGAGAACCGCCAGUUUUUGGAGGCGGCUGUGCCAAGAGUUGUGGAUAUGUCGCCGUGGGGCGGAAUGUGCGUGGGUGUCUCUGAGGUACGGCUCAAGUGUCCCAACAGCCGGACCGCUGCUGAUUCUUGAAUAGAAUGAAAUCAGCCUUGACCCUAAGGAGUAUACACCCGCCGUUGAGGUUUCUGGGGGCGAUUACGGUACACCUUCGGAAGCAGCCGACCUUUUUAGGGAAUAUGGGAUCAUCAAAAAGAUCAUAGAGCGAGAUAUUAGGUCCUUGCCUGGACAGCAUAUCGCUUCCUGCCAUGUUGCAGGUGUAGAGGUUUGCAUAUCUCUCCCUCCAGGUGGUUUGCACAUUACUCAUGUUCAACAGAAAUACGUCGAGCGAUACGGCCCAGAGUCCAAACAGGCACUUAAUGCAGCACAACUCUACCUAUCGCUAAUUGAGGACAUCCCAGCGCAUAUCAGGUCUACCGUCCUCCUCCUCCCAGUAGCCAAAAGCAACACAGGUGUAGAUGCCUUCAAGAUAGAUCUCCACAAGGUAUACAAACGCUCCGAAGAGCCCCUUUCCCUCACCGCCCACUCCCCACCAUCCGCUGAGGCGACCUCCACUUCCCCUGGACACCCCAAAAUAAUCCUCGGCCCUAUCCCCCGCUGUUACCCUUCCCAAAACAGCUGCACGGGCGCAACGAAUGCCUGCUCCGGUCGCGGCGAGUGCGUGAAGUCGAGUUUCCCGACUGACUGCUGGGCCUGCCUGUGCAAGGGACCGGAUGGGAAGAAGACGGAUAAGUGGGCCGGGGCCGCGUGUCAGAAGGAGGAUAUUAGUGUUCCCUUCAACUUGUUUCUUGUGUUUGGCAUCGUCAUCAUCCUAGUGUCCAUCUGGGCUGUUGGGUUGCUGUACAGUAUUGGCGAUGAGCCACUGCCCAGUGUUCUCAGUGCGGGGGUUGCUCCGGCGAAGAGGGGGUAA